CUCAAUUCUCCAUGCGUGUUGUGGCUACCAACACACCUACGUCUCUCUCGCUCAGCCAUAUUAGGCUUGUAUUCCUUCUAUUGUUCCCGACCGCUCGAUUUGGCGCCUUUAAACCAUAAUGCCUCUCGACUUCAACAUCACCUCCACAUGGGACGGGAAGCCCCUCGGCAGCCAGCCACCCGUCCAGCUGCACCUGUCGGGGAGUCCCGACGGGGAACACCUGGAGGUCAGCAUCAUCGCCCCCUUCCACGGUGACCCCGCCUCGUCCCCAGCGCCCUCGGGGGUGUCGGUGAUGCCACUCUGGCGGGACGAAGUGGUGGAGGCUUAUUUCCUGAACGACGAAGACCAGUACUUCCAGGUGCAAUUAACUCCACGGGGACACUACCAAGCCCUCCUCUUCAACGGCGAGAGGGUCAGAAUCCGCUUCCACCUGCCGCUGAUGACCACCGCCCGCAUCAACCAGGAAUCCAACACCUGGACGGGAAUGGUGAAGAUUCCCGUUGAAUACUUGCCUCGGAAUGUAACGAAGUUCAACGCUUUCGCCAUGCACGGAGAGAACCCAAACCGCCAGUUCUUGAGUCUUUUCCCAUCUGACGGAUCUCUCGAAAAACCUGACUUCCACGUGUUGCGGUUCUUCGAAGAGGUCAACUUCACCCAGGUGCUUGAUAACGUCCCCCAGGAAUCAUCUCAGCUGUGGCUUGAUGCUAUCGAAGGGAUCUUCAGGUACCACAUCAAGACGGAGUGGAACAGCAAGCCCGUGACCCAUGACCCGGUCGAGAUUAAACUCCAAGGCUUCGAGGCCGGCGUUGAGAUGAACGUGACGGCGCCCUUCUUCGACGACCCCAAGCCCGAGGGUCCUUCCGGCCAGCCCUUCUACGGCCUCUGGGACUACGAGGUCGUGGAGAUGUUCUUCCUCAACGACAACGACGAGUACCUCGAGGUGGAGCUCGGGCCUUGGGGGCAGCACCUCCUCCUCCUGCUCAAGGGCGCCCGCAACGCCAUCAAACACUCGAUGCCCCUGGACUACUUGGCCCAAGUCCCAGCGUCGACGGACGGCAAGUGGAAGGGCUCGGCCUUGAUCCCCGAGUACUUCCCCCCGAACGUCAGCCGCGUCAACGCCUACGCCAUCCACGGCACCGACAAGGCCCGCGUGUACGAGUCCCUGUUCCCGGCGCCCGAGAACGACCCGGACUUCCCCCAGCCGGACUUCCACCGCCUGGAGCUGUUCAAGCCGAUCGACUUCCAGUUCCAAGUGCCCAACAACUCGGAGUACUCGCAGCUGUGGCAGGACGCCAUGGCCAGCGGCGGCAGCUCCUCGACGGGGAUCUCGCCGGUGGUUAAGGACGAGGAGGAGGUGGAGGUAACGACGACGCUGGGUCUCCGCGACGUUGACGAGGAGUUCGUGACCACGUUCGCUCCCGAGACGGAGAGGCCCUUCCCCUCCUCGACGCGCCGCAGGGGAGGCCAGGGAGGCUCCCCCACGCGGCGAAGGAGGCCGAUGCCGCACCGGGUCGACUCGGAGGAGGACGUGUCGCGAGGGCAGAGCCGGAAGGAGGACCAGUCUCUGUUCCAGCAGCGGCGAGGCGAGGCGCAGUUCUUCGCCCCCGGACCCGUGCCCAGACCUCAUCAGGUCCGGGGAACCGCUCCGGGCCGGUUCCAGGACCGUGUGCUCGUGUCGGAGGCGGCGGACCAGAAUCGGAAUGUCGACCAGCGGUUCUCGCAGGGGGCUGAUGGAUUCCAGAACCAAGGAUUCCAGUUCCAGGACCAAGGACGCCCCCAGGCAGCAUUCCAGGAUCAAGGACGCCCCCAGGUAGCAUUCCAGGACCAAGGACGCCCCCAGGCAGCAUUCCAGGAUCAAGGACGCCCCCAGGUAGCAUUCCAGGAUCAAGGACGCCCCCAGGCAGCAUUCCAGGAUCGGGAUAGGUUCGAAGAGGCUCGCCCAUUCCAGAACCAAGGUCAGUUCCGACCUCCACAGCAGGAUCGCAAUCGGUUUGAAGAAACUCGCCCAUUCCUGGACCAAGGGCGGCCACAGCAGGAUAGGUUCGAAGACACUCGCCCAUUCCAGAGCCAAGGGCAGUUCAGACCUCCACAGCAAUUCCAGGGCCAAGGCCAGCAGCAAUUCCUACCUCCGCAGCGAUUCCAAGAAGAGAGAGAGCAGCUAUUCCAGACCCGACCCGAAGCGCCAGCGUUCCAGGAGGCCGACCAGUACGAAGAGACGCAGCCGUUCCCGCAGGACCAAGACCCGCAGGCGUUCCUGGCGCCGCAGCCGGACCCAGAGCAGUUCGAGACGCAGCCGCCGUUCUUCCCGGAAGAGGAGGAGGAGGAGGAGGAGUUCCUGGCGCCGCAGAGGCCGAGCCCGAGCGUUCCCAGCAGCCAGCCCAGCAGGGUGUUCAGCAGCCCGCCGCUCGUGAGGGAGGGCGAGCAGGUGGCGUCGCCGGAGGUGGAGGCGGCCAUCCAGACGCUGUCGCAGGGCACGCCGGCGCUGCCUCCCCCCCACCCCGUGUGCUUCGAGGCGGGCCUGGUCCCUGACUACCAGCUGUGCUACGCCUUCCACGAGUGCGUGAUCGAGGACGGCGAGUGGCAGAUGUACUCGUGGCGCUGUCCUCCAGGCCACGUGUACGACCCCAUCAACGUAGAGUGCAUACGGGGGCGGUGCGCCAGCAGGAGGAGGCUCGGCUGAGGGGGCGUCGAGGUCGGGAAAGGGACGGCGCGGAAAUGAGCAGAAGAAAAACCACAAAAAGUUAAAAUAAAGUCAAAACACAUGCACAAACAAUGAAUAAAAAAAAAAAAAAUAAAACAUAAAAUAAAGCUCAUUUUAGUGGUUUAAAACGAGCUGAAAAAAAUGAAAAGUCAAAACACAUACACGAAAGAUAAAAUACACACCAAACAAAGAAACAAAACAAGAGCUCAUUUUCGCGUGUUGACGAACAAAGAAAACGGAAGAAAAAAAGGGGAAACUCAACCACAUGUGUACACUUUUAUGGAACCUUUUUCAGGGCGUCUUGAACUUCCAAGAACUGACUCGAAGAAGCAGAGAGACCCCGGGAAAACUAUUCUAUAUUUUGCAUAUUAUUAAGUUGAAUUACGCUGUUGCGGGCAUAUCAUGACUGAAGUUAGUUUCAUAAGCCUUAUUUACCCAAUACAUUCCAGUUAUUGUGUGUCUUGUCUCUGCUGAUUCAGCAGGUUGUUAUUUGUUACAAUAAAAGAUUUGUGAUUAUAA